CAGAGUCAAGUAGAUCCAGUCAUGCACGCAAAUACUUUCUAUCGCGAUGACAUCAGACGCACUGUGCACGUGACGCGCGGUGUUCUGAACCUGAUCGGCGUAUGGCCGUCGCGCGACGAUUCGUCCGCUCUGAAAAUCGUCCGGACAAAAAUGCUGCGAGUCUUGUGCCAGGUCCUGCUCUAUUUCAUUUUCGUGCCGGGCGUGCUGAAAAUAUUUCUCAAGGAAUCAAACGCGCGCCGUCGCUUCAAGAUGGUCGGCCCCAUGUGCAACAGCCUGAUAGCCAUCCUAAAACACAUGGUGCUGAUUUACCGAGAUGACCGAAUUAAAGAUUGCAUUAGGCACAUUGAAGAGGACUGGGAAAAGGUGAACCCGGCGGAGGACCGUAAGAUCAUGAUGAACAACUCAAGGAUUGGACGCAGUCUGGCGAUUCUUUGCAUAGCCUUUGUGUACGGGAGCGGAUUCUCGUAUCGCACGAUCGUGCCGUUAUUACGCGGGGUCGUCGUCACUUCGCAAAACGUGACGAUUAGACCGUUGGGAAUCGCCGGUUAUUACGUAUUCAUUGAUCCGCAGAAGACGCCGGCUUACGAGAUCAUCUUUACCAUGCAAUUUCUCUCCGGAUUCGUGCAGUACUCGAUAACAAGUGGAGCCUGCAGCCUGGCGGCUCUAUUGGUGCUGCACGCCUGCAGUCAAUUGAAAAUUCUCAUUGCCAGGAUGGAGGAUCUUACAAAGACGGAGCACUUUUCCGCUAAAAUUGCCAACCAAAAAUUGGCGGCUAUCGUAAAGCAACAUAUCAGGAUUAAGAGCUUUUUAAACAAGGUAGAGGAAAUUUUUCAAUACACGUGUCUGGUGGAGGUGAUCGGGUGCACUUUUAUCUUGUGUCUUCUUGGAUAUUAUAUAAUACUGGAAUGGAAAGAUAACAAUGCGGUGUCUAUGUUAACGUAUUCUAUACUUCUUCUAACAUUCGCUUUCAACAUUUUUAUAUUCUGUUUCAUCGGUGAGCUUCUCACAGAUCAGAAUAUGAAGAUGUACAUUACUUCUUGUACUCUUGAUUGGUACUACAUACCUCACAAAACUGCUCGCGGUCUCAUUUUAAUGAUCGCGGUGUCUAGUAUUCCUAUUAAAAUCACCGCAGGAAAAUUUAUGGAUCUAUCUCUUAACAGCUUCGGUGCUAUUGUGCGGACAUCAGUGGCUUAUUUAAAUAUAUUACGCACAACCAGUAUUUAAAGUUGUAGUUAAUUAAACAAAAG